UGAUGGGUUGCAGAUCAAACAUCGUCUGCUACGUUAGGCUAGAAUUUGUGAUUAUUUUAUUUAUCUUGUUUUAAUUUCUGCCCUCGGCACUUUAUUAAAUGAAAGGAAAAUGAAAAUCAUAUUCUCUAAGGCUUUAGCUGGGAGUGUAACGUGAUCCUCUGCUUCAUAUUUAUGUACCUGACAAAGGAAGACCACUAUUAUUUGCUCAACUGCAAGUGGACAUGAGCGAUGUUUGUUCAUGUCUCUCGACGGCCGCCGCGGGCGGGAGACGGGACCCCACGCACCCGCCGCAGUCGCGGCCUCUCGCCGCACUCUCUCGCUCGCCAGAUAUUUUAUGUACCCUGGAUGAAUCUUCAUUCAUCAUCUUCCAAACAGUCUACCUUCUAAAUCUGAGUGACAAAUUCUGUAUCUGUAAAGAUAUGGAAAGAUUUGGCAUUCAAUAGUUGCAACGAUAAUUGUGAAAAUGAAAUAUAAACAAGGAAAUUUUUGUGAUUUGUUAAAAUUAAUGUAGUAUUUUGCUACUGGAAUAGAAGAUUUAUACCACCUGCAUUGUUCUGAUCGAAGAUUUUUGAUUUGUUAAGUUUUGGAGAGAAAGAUGGCAGCUGACAACUACACUUCGGUGAGCCAGUUCUAUCAGGACCGGUCCAUCUUCGUGACGGGCGGCACGGGUUUCAUGGGAAAGGUGCUGGUGGAGAAGCUGCUGCGGUCCUGCCCCGGCAUCAAGAACAUCUACUUGCUGAUGCGGCCCAAGAGGGGACAGGACGUGGCCACCCGCCUCUGCGAGCUGCUGCAGUCGCCGUUGUUUGAUCGUAUUCGCAAUGAGCGCCCUCUUGAUCUGAACAAAAUAAUUCCAAUCCAAGGAGAUGUGACAGAGCCGGAACUGGGCAUCAGUCAGUCGGAUCAGAACCUUUUGAUUCGCUACGUAUCUGUGGUGUUUCACUCAGCCGCUACUGUCAAGUUUGACGAAGCCCUGAAACUGUCUGUGACGAUCAACAUGCUAGGAACCAAGAGAUUGGUAGAACUGUGUCAUCGAAUGCUGAGUCUCGAGGUCCUGAUUCACGUGUCCACUGCAUAUUGCAACUGUGAUAGAGAAGAAGUGAACGAGGUGAUCUACGCUCCGCCGUAUGAUCCGGAGAAAAUAAUUCAGUGUAUGGAAUGGAUGGAUGACGAUCUGGUUCAAGCUCUCACUCCCAAGCUGAUAGGCAACCGUCCAAACACAUACACGUUCACGAAGGCGCUGGCCGAAAGCAUGCUGCUCAAAGAGUCUGGCAACCUCCCAGUGGCUAUUGUCAGGCCAUCCAUAGUGCUUUCAUCAGCUUGUGAGCCAGUGGCCGGCUGGGUGGACAAUUGGAAUGGCCCAACAGGAAUCAUUGCUGCAGCGGGCAAGGGUUUUUUCAGAACAAUGUUGUGUCACGAAGACAAAGUUGCUGAUUUGGUCCCAGUGGACAUGGUCAUUAACUUGAUGAUAUGUGCAGCUUGGAGGACAGCAACUAGUAGGUCGGCUGGCAUCACUGUGUACAAUUGCUCCACAGGUAUCCAGAAACCCAUAACUUGGAAGAAUUUUGUUGACUAUAGUUUCCUGUACAUGCGACGACACCCGCUGGGCGACAUCAUGUGGUACCCGGCAGGCAGGUGUCGCUCCAACGCACUUGUUAAUAAAGUGUGUGCAUUGGCCAUGCAUACAAUACCUGCACAUGUGAUUGAUUUGUUUACUCUGCUGUUAGGAAAGAAGCCAAUAAUGGUGCGUAUUCAAGCGAAAUUGGAGAAAGCAGCUCAAUGCCUCGAGUACUUCUCUACACAGCAGUGGAGAUUCAGUGAUGAAAAUGUGCGCUAUUUGAAUUCUUUACUCAGUGCAGACGACAAGAAGACCUUCUUAUUUGAUGUGCGUGAAAUACAUUGGCCAACAUACAUUGAGGGAUAUGUGUUGGGAAUCCGGCAUUUCAUAUUCAAGGAACACCCAAGCUCUCUGCCAAAUGCAAGGAAACAUCUGCAGAAGCUUCUGUGGCUCUAUCGACUUUCCAGGCUGUUAGCAGUGCUUUUGGUGUGGCGUGUACUGAUGGUACAUUCUCAGACAGCACGCAAGAUGUGGUUUGUGAUGCUGGACAUGAUUUUUCGCGUAGCUCGCAUGGUGCCCUAUGUUUGAAAAUGAAAACCACAUGAAGCUGCUGUAGUACAUCACCUUCGAUUGCUUUUUAUUUGAAAAUUUCAAACUUGGAAAUAUUUGUUAUAGGUGCUGAACUGUUAUCUACUUUCCAUAAUGCGUCUCUUAUCCACUAUGACACACAAGGAUUAGCUUUAACUAGAGGUUACAAACUUUUCAUAAGAACAAUUUAGAUGAUUCCUUUCUUGAAAUGAGUCAAGGAAAAGGAAGUUGCAUGGUUUACUUUAGGUUUCCAGUGGGCAUAGUAUAGUGUAAGAUAUUCAGCAUUUUGGCAAAACCUUUGCAAAUAUUAUAUUACAAAUCUUGUAAAAAUGCAGUAUUGAUAGUUUUACUCAACUUAAACCUUUAAGUCAGUGGAAAGUGUUAUCAAACUAAAUAGGGGGUAAAUUAUUUUAAGAAAUAUAGAGUUGUAUGCCCUAUGGUAAAAAAAAGGUAAUGAUGGGUGUUUUAAUGCAUCAGUAAUUUGAUGGUAAAAUGUGUAAACUUUACACAAUUAUCGAAAAAAACACUACACAAGUUUUAUUUUGUGUACAUCCCUGUGCCAAUUGGAAACCACAUCUUAAGGUAAGCUGUAAAUUAUUUCAUCUGAGUAAAAAAAUAUUGCUAGCAUUUUUUUGAGCAGGUUAUAGUCCAAUUUGUGAUUAUACACUGUAAAUGGGUGCUUAUAAUUAAGUGUGUGUGAUGUGUGUACAAUGCUUUUAUAAGAAGCCCAUUAAACAUGUGAAAAGUAUUUUAAGUUUAAAAGUUAAAUCAGUAGCAGUGCUUUUGCCUGGUUAACUAAUUAUUUAUAAUGUUUUUUUGCAGCAAUACUGAUCAUAGGAGAAUUAGAACUUAGACCAAAUAUUAACUCUCUAGAAAUGAGGGUUAAUAAAGUUGUUAAACAUAAUCCACCAAUAGCGAUGGAACUUUUUGAGAAUGAAUAAGACAUAUGAGAAUCAAGAGAGCUUACAUAUACUACAUAUUUGUGUAGGACUUGGCUGUAUGAAAAGUCAUUAAGGUCAUCAUUCAACUUGCCACAUGUUGGGUUUUGCAAGUUACUUUUUCAGGCAUUGUGCAGCGUUGAUGGCUUCAUGUCUACCAUUUAAUACUUCCCAGACUUCUUAUUAUUAUUGUUGCUUGGUAAAAAUAAAUUGUUACUGCAAUUUCUGUAUGCUAAUACUAUUGUAAAACUUAUUAUAUUUAUAGAAGCCUAUUUAUUGAGGUAUUUUUCAAGCAAGUUUUUUCGUAGCUCUCACUGUAAAAGGUGAAUUUUCACACGCAGGAGGUUUUCAUUAUUAUGUCAUAUAUACGUAUAAACAUUUUGGUUUUACAUUUGUUGUUCUUUGUUUAUUUAACCUGUUGCCUUCAAAAGAGUUAAUUCAUAUUUGGGAAUGGAGAUGAUGAUCUUGGACACUAUUAUCAGUAAUAUUUUGCAGUAUUUAUUGUAUCUGUUCAGCAGAUAGUGAGAAGAUCAGUUUGGACUUGAUUAUUGUUGAAAUUAAUGCUGUAUCAUGUCGUUAUUUUUCGGUUCACAAAUUUGUAAGUCUUAAGGAAGCCUAAGUUCUGUAAUGUAAUGUAAUGUUGCAGAAACUGCAGUUAGGCAUCGUCUGAAAGUUAACGGAAGUGUGGAGGCAGAAACUUUUGUUUUUUGAGGAAUCAAAGUUUCCAGUAACGUUAUCUAUCUAUGUAACAUACUUUAUAACUGUUUAGGUUGUAUUUUUUAUUCACACAAAUGUCUAGCUUUCCAAAAACAAAAUACAAAAUAGCUAACUAUGACUGAAAUUCAAAAUAUUUCUCUGAGCAGGACAAAGUUAACUUUAUGUACCCUGUUUUGCUGUGCAAAAUGCAUUUUCUGCCCCCAACACAGUCCAACAAACUGCCCGUGCUUACCCCGCUGUCCCGACGUCUCUAGGUUCUGAUGGGAAGUCAUUACCAUUGUUUCAUUUCCUUCCUCCUUGGUGAGAUGUAUUCAUUCUUCAUUACUGCCAAAAUCAAAGAACGAUGUUGCAUCAAAAUAUGCUGUUUUCCACGGCUCUAUCCACCACAUUUAAGACCCAAGUGCCACAUUUUGAAGGUUAUUCCAUGAGAAUGGGACAGUGAGUGCAUCUCUUACUGUAUCCUAGUCUUUCUACUUGCAGCACCUGUUUUUUUCAAUUUUUUCAACCUUUUGUUUUUCACUGUAAAAGCAAUUAAGAAUAUUUGUGAACUUAUUUUCACUAACUACAAUACACUUGAAGCAUCCCUUGGUUUGGAGAGCGAAGGUGGGAUGUGAGUGUAAGAAAGGUACAGUGUGCACAGCGUGAUCCAGCAUUAGGGUAUAACACAGUGCGAUACUGACUGCAGUUUGUGUUUUGAACAAUCACUUGCCAUCAGAAGGCUACAGUCAUUAUUUAAAGGUAAAGUUCUGCAACAGAACAUUUUCUGUUGAAAAAAGCAGUUAAAUGCUGCAGAAAACUUCACUGCAAGACUUACCACAAAGCUUACUCUAAACUUUAUUAAGACUUAACUUCAAUUAAGGAAAUCGCAUCAAUAUUUUAAAAUUUAUUUUCCAAGGAAAAAAAAUUGCAGGUAUUAAGUAAAUACAGUAUUAGUUUCAAUAAAUUAUAUGUGUGUAUAGGCAAUUUUUGUUUGCUAAACUUCUUGAUGCAGAGUGUAUUUAUAAAACAUUAAGUUAUGUGAUUAAGUCGUGAAUUUUUUUAUUUAUGAUCAAAGGUAUUGUAUUGAGGUAUAUUUACUUUUAGCUAAGCUUAUGUAUGUUUCAGCAACAGGUAGUAGUUCUGAUUUUAUUCCAUCGUUAAUGAACAAAGUACUUUUUGUUGUUCACAAGGUGGAAAGAAAUGAUAAAAAAGAAUACUUCACAUUCCACCACCGUGAGUAGCUGCUAUUGAUUGACCAGUUAGUGGUCUAUUUUCUAGUCACGGAGUAAUCCGUAUUGUGUCUUUUUCUAUCCAAAUAGCUAAGCGUUAAUCAGGUUUUUUAUGCAUUAUUCUAUCUUUUGUUACGUAUGAUAUGUCUUAUUUUGAUAGUUUAUUUAUUGAAUUAUUAAUACACUUGUGCUGCAUGUUGUGUUCUUUAGCUUAAUUUACAAAUAACUAAAUUUAAUUUAUGAAUUUAAUUUAUGAGUAUGGUGAUAGUGAGAAAAAUAUGGUGUAUGAAGCUUGUGUCAAGCCAAAUAUUUUUUGUUACGGUACUAGUAGUGGAUUUUCAGUGUGAAGGUCAUCUUUACUUUAGUUACAUAAAUCCAUCUAUUAGACACAUGCAUUUAUUAGAUCUCUGUACACAUUCAUGGCAUUCAUGCCAUGUGAUCAUCUAGAAAUGUCACAAAGCCUUUUUUCAUGCAAAAAAUAAUACAUUUUGUAUGUUGUUUAUAUUAAGCUACCAUUUGGGUAUUAAAAAUUACUCAGUUAUGACUGGUCAGAGUAUUAAAAAAAUAUUUGUAUGGUUCUGAGAGUAUUACAUAGUAUUUAUUAUUAAAUAUUAUGCAACAGCAUUCGUUGUUUAACUGCUAUAAUUAUUUGUCAUUUUUGGUACCCAAAUUGAUUCUUUUUUCUGGUGGCAUUUUAAAUUGAGGUUGAUAAUUUUUAAAACCAUAUUUGUAUAUUUAGAUGUUGCUUGCUUCUUCCAGUAAAACAGUAAAAUAAAUACUUUUAUAAAAAAAUUGUUGUUAGUAAUUCAAUAUUUUUACUGUACAUAUAUUUUGUGAAACAUUUCUAUCUGAGUAAGUCAGCAGUGAGAGUGUAGUUCAUUGCCUUUCUACAGCGCACUGUUUGAUUCACUUAACAGUGUUGGGUUACACCUCCUUUUAUCCUACAAGUUUGAAACAUGUUUUAUGCUCAUUGCAACUUUCAACAAUUAUUUAGUAAUAAUAUUUAAGAAAGUAUUGUUAAAUGUCUUUUGGAACAAUUUUAAAUUGAGCAGGUUGUUGCCACAAACAUUUAAAGGAACAUUUAUUCCCCGGAAAGUUAACUCUCCUAGUAACUGUGUUUUGUUGUAUUAAUCUCAAGUUAGGUAUAUUUCUAUUGCAAGUCAUUUUUACUGUUUUAAAUAAUUUUGCAAAAGAGUGAUUAUCAGGUGAUAAUUACAAAUGUCAUUGUAAUAUUAUUUUUUCUUUGGAAGGUAAAUCAAGAAGAAAGUAAUUUUUUUUGUUAUAUUUUUAAACAGUAUUGAAUGUAGUUGGCUGGGAAUAAAUUAACAUCAGAUUCCUAAUUGUGUAAAUUUAAUCAUUGUGUUUUACAUUAUCCAGAAUCCACAUUAAUGUGUAUAUAAUUUAAAACUUGUGUGCACACUUCUAAAAGAAAUACAUUAUUAUGUA